AUGGGAGUUAUUCUCUGUAAACCAAAGAUUUCUAAAACCGAAUUUGUUGGAAGUAAUCAGUCAUUAAUUUUAUCAAAUCAAUCAAUUUCCGAGUCAACUGAGUCAACUGAUGAUACAAAUUAUAUAUUUCCUAAUAAUGACGAUGAAGCUGAUCGAAUUAAUACUCAGCAUUUCACCUAUCAUGCCUUAUGGGGAAGAAAUUAUUCGGCACCAGUUGAUAAAUUAUUGGAAGGGGGCGCCGAGGUGUUAGAUGUAGGUUGUGGACCUGGAACUUGGACGUUGGAUAUGGGUGAAAGAUUUCCUGCAUCCAAAUUUACUGGAAUUGAUUUAAGACCAACUUAUCCUGAACUGAUAAAGCCAAGCAAUGUUUCAUUUGUUCAAGCAAAUGUUCUUCAAGAUUUACCUUUUAAAGAUAAUACAUUCGAUUACGUUUACAUGAGAUUUAUGAUGUUUGCAUUAACCUUUGAUGAUUGGGAAACCGCCCUUAAAGAAAUUAUCAGGGUAUGUAGACCAAAUGGCUGGAUUGAAUUAAUGGAAGGUCAGAAAACUGCCCAAUUAAGGAUGGCCAUUGUCAAAGAGAUGAAGAAACGAAAUAUUGAGAAUUUAGAAAACUUAAAAUGGGGUGCGAAAAAUUUGGCAAACGCUGUAAAAUCGAAUCUUUUGCUUAAAGAUGAUGAUGAUAAGGCGGAAGGAAAAGAUGAUUCAAAGUAUGAUGAACUGUACGAUAAGAUGGUUAAUGAUUUUUUCGAAGAAUGCAAAAAAGGGGAAACUUUCGUCAUAAGCCAUAGAUUUUUCAUGUUAAAUAACGUUGGUAACGUUCCACUGUAG